AUGGCCGCCGAAGUCGAUUUCGCAUGUCUCGAGACGAUGACGGCAGCGAUGGCCUUUGCGCCCGUUGCCUUGGUCGUACUCGAUCGGAAGCGUACGCUGCAAAGAGCCAAUAAGAUGGCGGAACUUGUUCUUGGUCUGAACCCUUCCCAGUGUCAAGGUGAACAGUUCGUCAAAUGGUGCGCAGAAGAGAGCUGGGUAUCUCUAGACAGACAAUUCGAAAGGGCAGCUGAAGCGAAGUGGUCCCUUGGAGGGGGUAGAUGGAACAAACCACAGCCAAUCGCUGUGACACUUCGAACCCGAGUUACCGGCCGGGAUCCGCCAGGGAAACCCUUUUCUGCCACUCUGUCGUGCUCGUCCUGCUUCGUUGGCGUUGCUAGUAAGCCGAGGGAAGAUCUGCAUCAUUCGAUGGAAGAGGCGUGGUACAUCGUCAGCAUCGUUCCCUCGGCUGCCGCCUCUUCCCGCACUGCGACGUCGAGCGAGGGCAGCCAACAUUCGCUCGGCGUCGAAGAGGAUGAUCUAGAACCCGGCGUUGAAGCUUCAGAGAUGGCCAGCGUGUUGAAAGAUGCCCUUCUGGACAACAUUGGCUACCCUUUGCUUGCUCUAUCCUCUGAUGGCAAGACGAGUGUCACCAACCGGUCCGCCGACUUGCUCUUGCGCAGCAUCGCCGAUCUUGGGGAUAGAGAAGAAGGUACUGGUCCGAAUACCGCUGGCACUUACUUGGAGGACGAGGUCAACUUGAACUGGCUCUUCGAACAAUUCACACUGUGCGAUCCAGACACCUGGAUUCCGCGACACCCAACGCAGUACCCAAUGUACAAAGUCGCCAUCCUCGGCCAGAAGCUGAAUGGUGACUGCGUGGGAGCUUUGACUAAACGCGGUAGCAAUCGGAAGCUCGUCUCUUGCGACGGGUUUCCUAUGUAUAGCGAGAGUGGCAAAUUUCUCGGCGGCAUGUUGCUGAUGCGCGAUGUCACACACAGAUUGGGGAAGUCUGUCACAGACAAAGUGGAAAAGCCGGCUUCUACUGAGACGCCGGAACAUUCUCUGCAGAAGUCAGAAGACCUCGAGCCGGGGAACAAGACUUCUAGCGCUGCUGGAGAGCAGACGACUCCCGAGCCGGAUACAAUAUACCACAGCUACCGAGCCUGUCUCCAGCACCUUGGCAUACCUGCAUUCACAACCACGCCAGAUGGAACGAUCAACUGGUUCAACGACGCCUGGUACCAGUAUAGUGGUACCUCCCGUCAUGACACAAUCGAAAGCGCCUGGGAUCGUGUGCAUCCGGAAGAUCUUCAGGCUUGCAGAGAAGCUUGGAACGCUGGUGUUUCCACGCGCCAGAGGACCUUUGAAUUUGGGAACCGGCUGUUAGACAUCCAUGGACAGCAUAGACACAUCAUCACUCGUAUGCAGCGUGUCACAGGCCCCGACGGCGCUGUGUUGAUGUUUCUCGGAUUGACGUCGGAUGUACACGAGUUGGCCACCGUCUCUUCAGCGCAUCGUGAGGCUCGGGACAACCUUUCAGACGCACUUCAAGUAGCGGACAUCACUCUGUGGUCGGUGGACCUUCAAGGCAUCAUUACUCUUGCGGAAGGCUCUCUCGCUGCGCCAUCAUCAAAGGCAGACUCACGACGUGGCGAAACUUCUUCUGCUGACGAUUCGCCUAUCAUAGGUCGUAGCAUAUACAAGUUGUGGGGACAGGAUCAAAGGACACCCAUAGAACAAGCCCUUCUGGCUAGAGAAGUCGUCUACGAGGAGACAACUAUACAGGGGCGCUCGUAUCGCACUCAAUACCGACCGAGAUGGGGCAAACCCAACGUUUCCGUCAGCUUUGGCGCGCCCGACACACAGGAACAAGGGCAAAUCCUGGGAGUGACAGGCCUGAGCUUUGAUAUUACUGAACGAUUACGGAUGGAGCGCAAGUUCGAAGAGAGCACUCGGGAAAUUGCCAAGGCAGAAUCGGCCAGCCAGGCGGCCGAGGAGGCCAGUCGCAUGAAAAGUCAAUUCCUUGCAGUGGUUUCGCAUGAGAUCCGCACUCCGCUCAAUGGCGUCAUCGGUUUGAGCGAGCUACUGCUCGAUAUCGAGUCGCUCUCUGAGGAGGCACGGGGCCUCGUCCAAUCCAUUCUUCGCUCCUCGGGAGCCUUGCUGACAGUGAUCAACGAUGUGCUCGACUUCAGCAAGGUGGAUGCAGGGAAGCUUGACCUCACACCGUCACCCAUGUCCCUGCGCACGGUCUGCCUAGAUGCGAUCUGGACUUACCGGCGAAUUUGGGCCUCGCAAGGAAUCGCAUUUGACGUCGACAUUGAUCAGCUGCCGGAAGAGAAGGUCCUUGGAGACGCAGGCAGGCUGACACAAGUGCUCAACAAUCUCUUUGGUAACGCCGGCAAAUUUACCGAAGAAGGUACGAUCUCCUUCUUGGCGUUCAAGAUCCCUUCUUCAGCUUCAUCAUCUACGCCGCGAUACUCGUUUACCAUCACGGACACCGGCUGCGGAAUACCACAAGACCAGCAGAAGAUGCUCUUCCAGCCGUUUCGACAGGCCGAUCCCUCUACGUCACGCCGUUUUGGCGGUUCGGGGUUGGGACUCGCAAUCUGCAAAAAUCUCAUAGAGUUGAUGGGAGGCACCAUUGGACUCGAGUCCGAGGAGAAUGUAGGGACCACCAUUCAUGUUGAAAUCCCUUUCCCUCUUUGUCCCCCUGACGCGGACUUUGCCAGGCUCGAGGACGCUGCUUACACCGACCCGGCCAAACAUCCAUCGUCUGCACCCCUACCCAGUCCCGACAAGGAGCGCCCCUCCAUGACACGGCCACAGGGCCAACCAAGUGCAAAGGCCAGGUGCGAAUGUCAGCCCAUCAGCGGACCGUCGAAGGGGCACAUUCUGUUAGCCGAAGACAAUGCAAUCAACGCACAGAUUGCAGUCAAGACACUGCACAAGUUGGGCUACGAUGUCUCCUGUGCCGAGAACGGACUCGAAGCACUCGAGCUUCUGGAAAAGGAGAGCGAAGAGAGGCCGUUUGCACUAGCUUUAUUGGAUAUAAUGAUGCCAAAAUUGGACGGGCUGCAGACCUCCAGACGUAUCAGGACCUCGGAGAAUGCUCGUCAUCGCAACCUUCCAAUCAUUGCCGCGACCGCUGCGGUCGUCGGCGGUAGGGAAAUUUGUCUUGCCGCGGGCAUGACAGAUUUCCUGUCGAAGCCCAUGCGGAGAGCCGCGCUAGAUGCCAUGCUGACGAAGUGGGUCGGAAAGACUCACGAAGCUCUGCAAGACGUGGGUGUCAAUCUGUGA